AUAGAAUGAACUAACCAAAUCAUGUUAUUUCAGAGAAUCUCGUGAUUUCAUAACCACUUUAUGAUAAUGAUUAAGCAGCAUAAUCUAUAUAUGAUAAAUACUUAAAAGACUGUUCUUCGAUACCAAUCAGAUUAAUAGAAGAAUCAAAAGAAACUUAAGAAAGACCCUUUGCAGGAACAAGAUAAAGUAGUUAACAACAAUAAAAUUAAAGAAAUGGACAUAAUAUAUAAGAAUUUAGUUCUUUAGAAAGGGACUAAAGAAACAGAAACUAAUAAAAUAUGUAUUAAGCAAAUUAUUAGUAAGAUUAACAAUAUCAAUAAUAUCAAAAUAAUCAAUUAAGAUAUCCUCAUUAAAAUAUAUAUUAUCAUUAAAGAUAACAUAAUUAAUUAUAACAUUACUAUUAUGAUUAAUAUCAUUAUCAUUAAUAUAGAAGGAACUAAUAAAAUUAUAGAAUGGAAUAAGAAUAUUAUGGUCAUCAAAUGAGAAGGUAAGAAUAAGGUCGAAGAAGAAUGCAUCCUUAACCAAAAUAUGGAUUAGAUUAAAAUGAAAUUGCUGCUUUGAGUGAGAUUGUAUAUAGAUAGAGUAGAGCUUCCUGUUGGGAUGAUGAAAACAAGAAAUGCAGCAUAUGUAUAUCUCAUUUUGAAGAAAAUGAAAAAAUUAGAUUUUUGCCUUGUUUACAUAGGUAUUAUUGUUAACUUAUUUUUGAUUUCAUUCAGGGUGUGUUGAUUCUUGGUUGUCCACUAAAGGAUCAUGUCCUUUAUGUAAAAAGUAUGUCCGAUCCUUAGUUUAAUAAUUUUCAUGAAACAAAC